AAUCCGAAAUUCCAUUCAGGCGCCAGCUUAUCAGGACGAGUGGUUGGUGGCUCCGAAGCGCCCGAUUACAAGUAUCCGUAUCUUGUAUCCUUGCGCCGGCGAUACUCAUCAGGACAGCCAGAUUUUCACUUCUGCGGUGGUGCGAUUCUCAAUAAACAUUGGAUCCUCACUGCUGCCCACUGCGUGGAGCCAGAUUUGGAAAGGGCAUAUGUCGUUACUGGAACUAAUUAUCUGACCGACGCUGGUGAGAGCUACAAAGCUUGGUUUGCCGUUACCCACCCGGAGUAUCAAAAUUUCCAUCAUGACGACAUUGCGCUGGUACGCAUCAAGGGGACCAUUGAGUUCAACGAGCAUGUGCAACCUGUUGGAUUACCGUCGGGGAGCAAUGAGAGGGUCGGUUCCUCAGCUGCUUUCGCUGGAUGGGGAUACACAACGACUGCAGGACCAUCCUCACCCAAUGCACUCCAGGAAAUAUCAUUGACAAUCAUUUCCAAUGAUUUAUGUAACAGCAUUCACGGAGAGAUUACUGAAGGACAUCUUUGCACGUUCAAUAAGGAGAACGAAGGAAUGUGUUUCGGUGACUCUGGCGGUCCUCUGGUUGCCGAUGGCGUGCAAGUAGGUAUCGCUUCCUUCGUGACGCCUUGCGCCGUUGGUUACCCCGAUGUCUUCACCAGAGUGUCAAACUACGUCGACUGGAUUGAAGAAGUUCAAGAGAAAUAUGCACUUGUACUCCCUGAUUGAUUUGAUUUGCAUGUCUGUACUGAUUUAAUCCGAUCUGGACUUGUAAAUAUCCUAUUCUCUGUGCAAAAAUAUUCCAGGAGCCCAUCGACAAGGGCAAGGGGAAAUAAACCCUUACUUAGUGUAUUCUACCACCGAAAAUCCUCCAACCGUGUUUUUUUUUUACUUUUUAUACUUUUAAUGUAAUGACUAAUUGAACUUGCCUUA